AUGCCGUUGCAAAUAAAGGCGUUAGGAUACGUCUUGAAACCAGGAGAGCGCUUCAUAGACAGCAACGACUUGGUCGAUGCCGGCGAGGACUCCUCGGGAGACGAUACAUCUAAUGAAGCCUCCCACACAUAUAAGGAAACAGACGUUUUGGACAAGAUUGAGGAGAUCUCCGAGGGAAGGGAUGGAAAAGCCUUACCUUGGGUAGAAACGCUGGACAUCACCUCUGAGCAAAAAUGCAGCGAUGAAUUAAACCGAAAUGAAAUAUUGAAGCUAGAGGAACAUUUUAAACUUAUCGCUUCUGACUGUGCAAGGCGCGGAUUGCAACGCCUCGCCAAAAUGGGAAUCGGUUUUAAUCGUCCAUCUGAUUUUUAUGCUGACAUGGUAAAAACCGAUGUUCAGAUGGCACGAGUAGUGAAAAAACUCGCUAAUCGUUCGAACGUGAUCCAGGAGAAGAAACGAAGGCAGAGCAUGAAGGUGAAGAAGGUUUUUGAUAAACAGGUGAAGCAACGGCAGAUGAAGAACAAGUUCGUCAAAGAUGUAGAUAAUCUCAUCAGGAAUGGCAAAAAUAAUGGGGCAAUUGAGAAGCAAAUUGAUCGUCUGAUCGACAAUCACUCUAAGGAUGAACGCAAAAGUAAGUCUGCUGGUGCCUCGACGAAGUCGCAAAAACGGCUUCGGCAACGCAACGAGAAGACCGUCAACAAGCCUUCGAAAAAGCAAAUGCUUCGAAAUCCGAAAGUUAGGCGAAGUUCGGGAGGCAAAGCAGCCAAAGGAGUGAAAGGGAAUAAAGGGAAAAAAGGCAGCGGCCGGGGCAAGACACGGGGCAGAAAGUAG